CCCGCCCCUAUCAUUGCAUUGCCAAGGGCCACCCGCGGUGAUGAUGCCGGCUUAGCCUUGCCGCACACCGCACAUCACGACGACGUCGACUGACGCUGGGAACCCUUAUCCAGCCUCGGCACGGCCUCGCUGAGUUGUCCACACGGCCACCGCCCCCCCUGGGUAGGCAUCUCCUCCGCCUUUCCCACGCCGCCGCCUCACCGACCCGUGAUCCCCCCUCAUCGCCAGCAUCACCGUCCACCACUCACCGCAUGCACCGCAUUGGCCCUCGGCACCCUCGUCGCAACAAUGCCGCCCCCUCGGUCCAAGCCUUCGACCGCCAUACCCCUUCGCCAAUCGCAGCCUCAUCACCAUCGUGACCAGCAUCACCCGCCGCCGCCUGUGGGAAGCGACUCGGUGAGCAUCAGCGACGCCGAGGCCGCGACUCUUGCCGACGAUGAGGCCAAGGGCGUGGCCAAGAGCACACAGGCCAGCCGCACCGAAAGGAGGCCGCCGGACGCCGCCACGGCGCAAGAGGACAGCAUUCGAGCCUACGGCCAUGUCUACCAUGCCUCGGGCCGCGUCCUGCUCCCCGAAGAUGCAUCAGAGGCGCACCGUAUGGAGCUCAUGCAUGACCUGCUGAAGCUGUGUCUCGACGGGCGCCUCGCGGCCGCCCGCCUGCCCAUUGACCGGCCUGGCGGGGGACUGAGACAGCAGACGCACCCCCAUGCGCCGCGCACCGCGAGUCGGAACCAACGCCGCCCGCCCUCUUCUUCCUCGUCAUCUACACAGCCUGCGCCCGCGCCCGUCUCUACGGUGCCGGCGGCGGCGGCUCAAAGGGCGGCAGCCGCGCCCCGCCGGCCGGCCGCGUGGACACCGCCCGGUCCCCCCCAUGCGGCUACCGCGUCUCUCGCCACCGGAGUCGAAGAGGCUCCCGGGACUCGGGGGACCAACAAGGAGCAGACGCCCCCCGCGGCCCCGUUCCGCAUCCUCGACGUCGGAACCGGGACGGGGGCGUGGGCGAUGGAGGCGGCGCGCAAGUACCCCUCCGCACAGGUUCUCGGCGUGGACCUCUCGGCCGCGCUUCUGCCAAGAGAUGGCGACGCCGCAGUGCCCAUAAACUGUCGGUUCGAGGUCGCCGAUGCCGCCGAUGCCACCGCCGGGUUCUGGCGCGGGGCCGGCCCCGACGGCGGCGAGGUACGCUUUGACUUUAUACACAUUCGGAACCUCAUCGGUGGCGGCGUGCCCGACUGGCGCGCCCUCCUCGCCACGGCCAUGGGCCACCUCAAGCCCGGCGGGCAGCUUGAGUUCACCGAGGUCCGCCCCCGCUUCUUCGACGUCGAUGCCGCCUCGGCAUUCCCCCCGCGCUCAUCGGCCUCGCCCUCACCCUCGCCGUCCCUGUCCCUGUCUCUGUCGUCUUCCUCCCCGCCUGGGUCGCCGCCCUCCACAUCGGCGGCGGCGGUUGCGGUUGCGGCGGCGGGGGCGACAACCGCCAGCGGCAAGCCGCCAGGGGGCGUCGGCCCCGCGUGCGACGAGUACCAGCGCGCCUUUGCCCAAAACGCCGAGAAGCUGGGCGUCGACUUCGACCCCGUCCCCAAGGUCUGCAGCUGGCUCGGCGAGCUGGGGGCCCAGGUAGUGCGCGAGCGCGUCGAUUGGUUGCCCGUGCGCGCCUGGGGCAGCGAUGUCCUGCAACGUCGCAAGGGGAAGCUGGCCGAGCAGAUGCUAGACUCGUGUAAGUGUUGAGCCCUUAGGCGACGGUGACUUUUUGGCCUCCGGGUUUGUUCCUCUCGCUUCGCUCGCUUCUCUUAUGUCCUUCACCAUUCUCUCGGUCCUCUUCCUCCCCUUCCUCCCCUUCCUCCCCUUCCUCCCAUUCCUCCUCCUCUUGUCCUUGUUCUUGCCCUGUCCGCGAACCUCCCCUUGCUGUCCCCCCUACGCACGUCUCCCAUGUACCCAGCCGAGGCAUAAUCCCCCUACAGAAUUACGCAGAUUGGCUGACCACGAUACUCAGGCCUCGAGAACUGGACGCUCAUGCUCUUUGGCCGCUGUGGGUGGGAGGAGCACGAGACAAGGGACCUCGUCGAUCGUGUCAAGAGCGAGAUCAAAGACCCCCGUGCGCGGAUAGCCUACAUGAAGAUGACUUUCAUCACGGCGAAGAAGCCUCUCGAGGAGGACGACGAGGAUGAGGACGAGGACGACAACGACAACGGCGAGACGACGCCGGGCGCUGGCGGCAGAUAGGCAUAGAGGCUGUGAUGGGCUUGCCGGGCAUUGUUGGGCAGCGACAAGAGGGGGCACGAGAUGCACAUAUUCUUCACGAGGGUAGGUUGGUGCAGGGAUAGUGGGUGGUGGUACGCCGCGGCGACGACGAUGGGGGCGUGACAUCAGGAACCACGGCGGCUUGAUGAGCCAAUGAAGAUCAUGACAAACAAACAAACGAGCAAGCGCUGCGCUGCGUUGCGCAGGGUGAGAAGGCCAAACAGAAAGCGGGUAUCCUUGCUCUUCUCUAACGAUGCUUCCUCGCCUCCCUUCUACACCGUCUCUAUGUAUCGCUUCAUUUCCCUGGUCGCCACACGUUAGCAUGCCAUACGUUGCAGGGAGCCUCGUCGUAGGAAGGAAGGCCGGGGGAAGUGGGGAUUGAUCAGUACGAGAGAGAGAGAG